CUUCAUUAAAGGAAGUAGUUCGGUUGCUUUUGGUAUACGUGUCAGGUCGGGAAGUAGAGAACUGUCGUUAAAUUUUCAUUGAGGGGUAACAUUUUGAAGUAAGAAUUACCCUAUACUGGAAUAUACACAUAGUAGGUGUAUUUAUUGAAGUGGAGAUGUUAACUAAAUUUGAGACAAAGUCUGCUCGGGUGAAAGGGCUUAGUUUUCACCCAAAGCGGCCGUGGAUUUUAGCCAGUCUGCACAAUGGAAUCAUCCAGCUCUGGGACUACCGUAUGUGCACCCUGAUCGACAAAUUUGACGAACAUGAUGGCCCAGUUCGAGGAAUUGAUUUUCACAAACAGCAGCCUCUGUUUGUAUCAGGAGGUGAUGACUACAAAAUCAAGGUGUGGAAUUACAAGCUUCGCCGGUGUCUCUUCACUCUGCUUGGGCACUUGGACUACAUUCGCACUACCUUCUUCCAUCAUGAGUACCCGUGGAUCUUGAGUGCCUCAGAUGACCAGACCAUUCGCAUUUGGAACUGGCAGUCCAGGACUUGUGUUUGUGUUCUUACGGGACAUAAUCACUAUGUCAUGUGUGCUCAGUUUCACCCUUCUGAGGACCUGGUGGUUUCAGCCAGUCUCGACCAGACUGUGCGCGUGUGGGAUAUCUCUGGCCUGAGGAAGAAGAACCUUUCUCCAGGUGCUGUUGAAACUGAAGUGCGUGGCAUCACUGGAGUAGACUUGUUCGGGGCAUCCGAUGCUGUGGUCAAACACGUCCUGGAGGGUCACGAUCGAGGUGUUAACUGGGCAGCUUUCCAUCCCAGCAUGCCCCUUAUUGUGUCAGGAGCAGACGACCGUCAGGUGAAGAUCUGGAGGAUGAACGAGUCUAAGGCUUGGGAGUUGGACACCUGUAGGGGACACUAUAACAACGUGUCCUGUGCAGUGUUCCACCCUCGCCAGGAGCUCAUUCUGUCCAACUCGGAAGACAAGAGUAUCCGUGUGUGGGAUAUGUCCAAGAGGACAGGUGUCCAAACCUUCCGUCGGGACCACGACCGCUUCUGGGUGCUUGGAGCUCACCCCAAUCUCAAUCUCUUUGCUGCUGGUCAUGACAGUGGGAUGCUGGUGUUUAAACUGGAGCGGGAGCGCCCUGCCUAUGCGGUUUAUGGAAACAUGCUGUACUAUGUGAAGGAUCGUUUCCUGCGCCAGCUGGACUUCAACAGCAGCAAAGACACUGCCGUCAUGCAGCUCCGCAGUGGUUCCAAGUUUCCUGUAUUCAGCAUGUCGUACAACCCUGCAGAGAACGCUGUCCUCUUGUGCACUAGAGCUACUAACCUGGAGAACAGCACAUAUGACCUCUACUCCAUCCCUCGUGAGAGUGACUCCCAGAAUCCUGAUGCACCAGAGGGAAAACGCUCUUCAGGUCUGACGGCAGUCUGGGUGGCCAGGAAUCGCUUUGCUGUGUUAGACCGGAUGCACUCUCUGCUAAUAAAGAACUUGAAGAAUGAGAUUGUGAAAAAAGUCCAGGUUCCAAGCUGUGAGGAAAUUUUCUAUGCUGGCACGGGCUCUCUGCUGCUCCGAGACGCUGACGGUGUCACCCUGUUUGAUGUUCAGCAGAAGCGUUCUCUUGCCACUGUUAAAAUUGCCAAGGUCAAAUAUGUUGUGUGGAGCGCAGACACAAGCCAUGUUGCCCUGCUGGCCAAACACGCCAUCAUGAUCUGCAACCGGAAACUCGAGAGCCUGUGCAACAUCCAUGAGAACAUCCGCGUGAAGAGUGGCGCAUGGGACGAGAGUGGAGUGUUCAUCUACACAACCUCUAACCACAUCAAAUAUGCCCUCACCUCUGGUGAUCAUGGCAUAAUCCGCACUCUGGACCUGCCCAUCUAUGUAACACGUGUGAGAGGGAAUAGCGUCUACUGCCUGGACCGUGAAUGCAGGCCCCGAGUGCUCAAUAUCGACCCCACUGAGUACCGCUUUAAACUUGCCCUCGUUAACCGCAAGUACGAUGAGGUGCUGCACAUGGUGCGCAAUGCUAAGCUGGUGGGCCAGUCUAUCAUAGCUUAUCUGCAGAAGAAGGGCUACCCAGAGGUGGCGCUGCACUUCGUAAAAGACGAGAAGACCCGCUUUAGCCUGGCUCUUGAGUGCGGCAACAUUGAGGUGGCACUGGAGGCUGCAAAGGCCCUAGAUGAGCGGGGAUGCUGGGAGCGUCUAGGUGAGGCUGCACUGUUGCAGGGUCAUCACCAGGUGGUGGAGAUGUGCUACCAAAGAACCAAGAACUUCGACAAACUUACCUUCCUUUAUCUAAUCACGGGCAACCUGGCCAAGCUGAGGAAGAUGAUGAAGAUUGCGGAGAUCAGGAAGGAUAUGAGUGGGCACUAUCAGGGUGCUCUGUACUUGGGGGAUGUGAAUGAGAGAGUGCGUAUCUUGAAGAACUGUGGACAGAAAUCUCUGGCUUAUCUGACGGCAGCAACCCAUGGCCUGGACGAGGAGGCUGAGGCUCUGAAGGAGACCUUUGACCUUGAGAAAGAGAUGAUCCCAGAGGUGGAUCCCAAUGCACAGCUACUGCAGCCUCCUCCUCCCAUCAACCCACUGGACACCAACUGGCCGCUGCUCACUGUCUCCAAGGGCUUCUUCGAGGGGGCCAUCACUCCCAAGGGAAGGGCAGGUCAGAUGGCAGCUGAUCUGGACAUGGAUGCCCCUGGAGGAGAGGGCUGGGGAGAGGAUGCAGAGCUCCACCUGGAUGAGGAUGGCUUUAUGGAUGCUCCAGAGUCCCUGGGUGAUGAAGGAGGGAAGGAGGAGGGUGGAGGCUGGGAGGUGGAGGAGGAUCUGGAUCUGCCUCCAGAACUGGAUGUGCCUACUGGUGCAGGAGGAGGGUCUGAGGGGGAAGGGUUCUUUGUCCCACCCACUAAGGGAAUUGGCCCCACUCAGAUGUGGUGUAAUAAUUCCCAGCUGGCCGUGGAUCACAUCCUGGCUGGCUCCUUUGAGACUGCCAUGAGGUUGCUGCAUGACCAAGUCGGUGUGGUGCAGUUUGGACCCUAUAAGCAGCUCUUCAUGCAGACACUGACCCGGGGCCGGACCUGUUACCUGGGUUUGCCCUCGCUGCCCUGCCUACAGGGUUACCCACAGAGGAACUGGAAGGACUGUGGACCAAAGGCAGGCCUGCCUGCGGUGGGCCUGCGGCUAGCUGACAUCAUCUCCCGGCUGCAGCACUGCUACCAGCUCACCACAGCUGGGCGGUUUGACGAGGCAGUGGAGCGCUUUCGGGCCAUCCUGCUCUCUGUGCCUCUACUUGUAGUUGACAACAAACAGGAGAUUGCAGAGGCUCAGCAGUUGAUUACCAUCUGUAGAGAGUACAUUGUGGGUCUCACCAUGGAAACAGAAAGGAAGAAACUGCCCAAAGAUACACUGGAGCAGCAGAAGAGGCUGUGUGAGAUGGCAGCGUACUUCACUCACUGCAACCUACAGCCUGUCCACAUGGUGCUGGUCUUGCGUACUGCGCUCAAUCUCUUCUUCAAACUCCGCAACUUCAAAACAGCCGCUGGCUUUGCCCGCCGCCUUCUCGAACUUGGCCCCAAACCUGAUGUGGCACAGCAGACACGAAAGAUUCUUGCAGCAUGUGAGAAAACCCUCACAGAUGCACACCAACUGAACUAUGAUCCCCAUAAUCCCUUUGACCUGUGUGCUGCUUCUUUCGUUCCGCUGUACCGCGGUCGGCCAGUGGAGAAGUGCCCUCUGUCAGGUGCCUGCUACUGUCCGACCUACAAAGGCCAGGUCUGCAGAGUCACACAGGUAACAGAGAUUGGUAAGGAUGUGAUUGGGCUGCGCAUUAGCCCCCUGCAGUUCCGCUGAAAAAGUUGAGAAUCUGAUUUCAGAUAAAACUCUUCCCGUCCCCUGCAUGCCCUCAGACACACUUUCCCACUGUCACCUGCAGACACUUUUUUUCUAGCUGUUGUGCAUUUGUGACUUUAUUUUCCAGUGAACCCCAGUGAAUUGUAGUUUCUAGCUCAAGUCCUCCAUCAGCUCUUCUCAUAAUAAGCUCUCCAUUAGAGUAAACUCAGUAGAGUAAACUGUUGCUUUUCCCACCUAUAAAACACAUUCUCUGCAUGUUUAACUUCUGAAAUAAAAAUCAUAAAUGAUG